UGCGCGGGAGCGGCGCUCCGCUGAUGCCGGAGUUGUGAAGGGAUGAGCGGGGGGUUGCGGGUGGCUUUCGCCGUUCUCCGGUUGCUGGGUAGUCACCAACGGCUUGAGGUCUCGCUGCCCUGGACGAGCUGCCGGCGGAAUGUGGCCUCGAGAACAAGGAGCUCGAUGAACGUGUUCGACCGACGAAUGAAGCGGCGACAGAAGAAUUGGGCAGUAUCAAUGGACGAGAACAGGCAGUGUGAUUACCUGAGAGAAGAGGUUGGAAGCAGAGUUGUGGACAGAGUUUUGGAUAUUGUCAGGACUUUCCCAGUUGCACUGGAUAUUGGAUGUGGUAAAGGCUAUAUAGCAGGAUAUCUAACCAAGGUAAUUGCUCAGAGGUUGAGCUUUAUUGCUUUAAGUAUUCCUUUACAGAAAUGCCCAGUUGAGACUGAAAUUCCCACUUAUCGUGUCAUAGCAGAUGAAGAGUUCCUUCCCUUUCAAGAAAAUACAUUUGAUCUCAUUCUUAGCAGCUUAAGCUUGCAUUGGGUGAAUGACCUCCCAGGAGCUUUCAAACAGAUUCAUUUUUCCUUGAAACCAGAUGGAGUUUUCAUUGGUGCCAUGAUGGGAGGGGAAACUUUGUAUGAACUUCGUUGUUCUCUACAACUAGCAGAACUGGAACGUGAAGGAGGAUUUGCACCUCAUGUAUCACCAUUUACUGCUGUGACAGACCUCGGGAAUCUCUUGGAACAAGCAGGAUUCAAUAUGCUAACUGUGGACAUUGAUGAAAUCCAGGUCAACUAUCCAGGAAUAUUUGAAUUAAUGGAGGACUUGCAAGGUAUGGGAGAGAGCAAUUGUGCUUGGUCCAGAAAACCUAUGUUGCACCGGGACACAAUGCUGGCAGCUGCAGCAAUCUACAAAGAGAUGUAUGGCAAUGAUGAUGGAUCUGUGCCAGCAACAUUUCAAAUUCUUUAUAUGAUUGGUUGGAAACCCCAUGAGUCACAGGCUAAGCCAGCAAGGAGAGGUUCAGCUACAUUAUCAAUGGGUGAUAUAGGAAAACUGUCUGAAAUAAUGAAAAAGGAUAAAAAGUUUUAAAAUUGUGGUAGAAAUAAUAUGGAUCAUUUCAGAAAAUCUGCCAGUCAGGUGCUGAUAAUAUGGCACACUUAAUUUUACUAUUGGAUAUUAAUUGUAUAAAUGUAAACAGUAAAAUUGUCAUUUUCAAAUUGGACUCCAAGUUUUAUUUUCUUAGUAUGUCAAGCUGUGUUUUCUUCACAUGAUGAAAGGAUAAUGAUUUGUCCUUGUGCAUUGCAUAUGUUUUCAGGCUAGGCUUCCCUGAUGUAUACAAGUACAACAUGGAGUGAUGUGCAUUAAGAUUUUUCGGUCAUCUUUCCCUGAUGGGGCACUCAGAUGAGAUGUACACAAAUAUACUGACAUAGAGAAAUAAUGAAAUCUGCCAAAGUGCUAACCAGUUCAAUAGACAGAGCAACCGGUAUCCAGGUCGUGUCUGAUCUAAGAUGCACAUCCAACUUAUCAGGAGAAAAUAGGCCAGUCAACUUAAAAUAGUCCCUGUUGGUGUUCUGCUGCCAGCAAACCUCCUACUCCUGUUUAUCUGGAGAUCAAAUCAGUAAUGAUGCUCUGGAGCCCCCACUCACUACAGGACUAUAGAAGGAAGAAUCCAGAAGUCCAUGAGCCAGUCCUCAUUAGGGGAGUGGAGGUGGAAUGGGACAGUAAUCUUAAAGUCCUUGGUGGUGUCAUUGUAGAGGAUCUGUCCUGGGACCAGCAACAUGAUCACUCAAUAUUAAACUGAUUCCACAACCUAUGUACUUCCUUUCAGGGACUCCGAAACUCAUGUUACAAGUAUUAUUUAUUUGUAUUUUGUGUAUUUGCAGUUUGUAAUCUUGCAAGUUGUCUGUCAGUCUUUGUGUGUGGUUUUUCAUUGUUGUAUUUCGUACGAUGAAUGCUUGCAAGAAAAUGAAUCAUAGGGCAGUACACAUAGACAAUAAAUU